AUGGAGCGCCCUGAGGUACAGCUCCCCGAUUCCUCACAAAGUGAUUCAACAGUGACAACUACGACACCAGAUAUAAUUAUCUACGAAGAGCACCAAAUUCGUAGUGCCCGUGGAGCUGAAAGUGCCUGUGUCAGCAUUGUUGAAACUGCCGAAGAAGACGGCGUCCAAUUUCCUGACAGCCAAGGCGGCGACAUUCCCGUCGGCCAAGAUGCCCCAAUUCCUGUCAGCGAAGGUGCUCCAACUGAUGCCGACAAUGGAGCCCGAGCCGCCGCUGCAACUCCAGGAAACUUACCAGAAGGGACACAGCCUCGGUUUUGCUUCCCGAGCUCCGUGACCGUCGCGUGCCCUCCCCGCUCGGCCUUUCAAAUGUUCCCGCCCCACACGUGGCGAGACCUCGAGGCUGCCGGUCUGUCAGUUUUGCUGGGCGGCUGGGGAGGCGUGGCGGGGCGGGGAGGGGCGGGCGCGGGCCGCUCCUACCUGUCCCUGCCGGGGCCGCCCCAGAACCCGCAGGGCAGAGACACGGCUCCCGGCCCGCACAGCCUUUCCCAUGGCGGCGCGAGUCCUCGGAGAAGCAGGAACUUUUAUCAGCUCUGUGUACAAGCUUUGGCACAAGAGAGGAGUCAAACUCAGGAUGAACCUCCUCAUGAACUUGAGAACCAGUUCAUAUUGCGUCUGCCUUUGGAACAAGCUUAUAAUGUCAGGAGCUUAAUACAUUCUGGAAGUGUCGCCAUGAAGGAUAAACUAAAAAUUGACUUAUCUCCUGCCGAGCGGCGUGCAAUUGUUCAGGUGGAAGAUGUUUCACUAUCUGCUAAGCUAGUUGAUUUGCCUUGUGUUAUCGGAAGCCUGAAAAGUCUUGAUAAAAAAACCUUUUAUAAAACAGCAGAUGUUUCCCAGAUGCUUCUGUGCAGUGCUGAAGAUGAUGUCCAUUCUUCUCCAGAAGAACCAGUUACCUCUACUGAUGUUAAAACAACCAAGAAAAAUGAAAGGGAGAACCAGAAAAAAUAUCUCUGGAAGCAUGGCAUUACUCCACCACUUAAGAACGUCAGGAAGAGAAGGUUCCGGAAAGUAACAAGAAAGCCCCCCGAUUGCAAACAAAUUGAAGAAAUCAACUUUGCUGAGUUCACUGACUCUCCAGAUGUGGAAAAGGAAGUAAAGAGACUGCUGUGUUCAGAUGCUGAAGCCAUCUGUGCCCGAUGGGAAGUAAUUGCUGAAGAUGAAACUAAGGAAAUUGAAAGUCAAGGUUCCAUUCCAGGCUUUGUGUUAUCCCCAGGCUACGAGCGGGCUCCUAUCUCAGUAGAAUAUGAUAUGCUUCGGGAGAUGUUAAGUGAUUCUAGUAGUACCAGUGAUAAUGAUGAUGAUGAUAAUGACGACAACGACGAUGACGACGAUGACGAUGAUGAAGAUGAGGAUGAAGAUGAGGAAGUGGAAGAGGAAUGUGAAGAAGAUCUGGAAAGGGAGCUACAGGCCAAGUUUCUUGAAUUUGGCCAGUAUGAGGCAAAGGAAGGUGCCAGUUCAGUAGUCUUUGAAAUUCAGAAGCAGAUUCAUUACGUAGAGAAAAGCCUCUGCGUGAUUCAGAGAAAAAUUCAAAGACAGAAGGAUCUCAUCAUGAAAGUGGAAAACCUGACACUCAAGAAUCAUUUACACUCUAUGCUGAAGCAGCUUGAGCUACAAGAAAGUCAAAAAACCGAGCAGCUCACUUCCCUGCAAGAACAAUUGAAACAAUAUCUGAAGUGA